UGUUAAUAUGAAAUAAAUUAAAAUUUUGAUUAUAUUAUCGAUGUCUAGAUAUGAAUACUAGCAAUACUGGCAAUAAUAUUACAUUUUCGGAAUGGAAUGAUGGAAUAACAACAAGCUUGAUACCAAACAUCAUCGUACUUUUUGUCUAUCUCGUUCUUGGAAUAUGUGGGAACUUCAUUGUGUUGUUGGUGUAUGCGUUUCAGAUAAAAGGGCCAUCAGAUGAGAGAUAUUUCAUACCAGUUUUAGCGGCAUUUGACAUGAUAGCAACAUUAUACCUUACAGUGAAUUAUAUAUUUCAGUGUUUAAAUCAAGUUACUUUUUCAAACGAUUUUGUAUGCAAGAUCCUCGCGUUUUGCACUGGCCUUACAACUUUCAAUCCGGUUUCUAUAUUGGUAAUUAUUGCUGUUCAGCGAUACAUGAAAAUAUGUUUCCCUUUUAAACAAUCUAUGUCGAUUUUAAUGAAACGAAGUUCAUUAGUAUUUACAAAUGUCAUUUCUUUACUUUACGCCAUACCGUUACUAUUUGUGUAUGGUUCUGUUCAUUAUCGCAGCGUCAACUAUGGAAUAUCAGGAACCAGAUGUGGGAGACUGAAAGAAGGACAUCCUUUCAUGAGUAAUUUACACGCGAUUGUGGCUUGUGUGUUAGUUUUUGUUAUAGUAAUAACACUUACCAUACUUUAUGGCAGAAUAGGAUAUACAGUUUUUCGUAAUUUAGAAAUGAAAAAACGCUUUACGAGAGAUGAAAAAAAUAUCGAAACAAAUUCUGAAGGCGUAAAUACAGAGGUACGAGAUGACGAUAUGUCAACCGACACAACAGUCAAAACAUCAAAUCUUUCACCAGAUAAGUAUGACGGACAACGUCCAAUGGAAACGAAUGAAAAGGCAACUGCAUCCAAGAAACGAAGAAAACAUAAUCGUCGUGUUAGCCACAAACUCACAAUUAUGUUUCUUGUUAUAACUGUAGUAUUUUUACUUUGUUUUCUACCAAAAGUGACAAUUUUACUUCUUGAAGGGAUGUACGUAAAUUUUUGGGAGCAGCUGUCAAUCUUACAGAGACCGGUUGUUAUGUUUUUGUACAAUAUGUUUAUAAUCAAUAACAUUGUGAACCCAAUAAUAUAUGCUUUUAUGGAUAUCAAGUUUCGUAAUGAAGCAGCGAUACUUUUGAAACGUAUGUUUAGAAAGCCGUGUAUUUGUUGUAGAAGAUCCAAACUCUAAAUUGAUGCAUCGCUAAAUUUAUCGCAAAUGUAUGUUUUUAAAUCUUUUAAUUUCAGCAGUCCAUCUGUUCAAACAAGAAAGGACACCAAUGACCAAUCAGUGUAUAUAUCAAGUCAUUAUCUCUUAAUACUUUGUUCUUGAAAAAGAUUUCUACCCUUCUAAUAUUUAAAUAUUAACCAAA